AUGCUGACACCUGCUCCAGGUUCCGUGACACCUGCGAAACCGUCCUCUGGCGGGCCACGUCCCUCCUCGUCGCGAAAGAUACCUGCCCGCAAGAUUGAAGUACAACCUACAAAGCUCGAGGCUGUAGAUGACUCCUUGGAUCCGCUUGGACCCCUAGGUGGUGAUCCUGUGCUUACGACGUCUUCGGUAUCCGCAGACCAGGCUCCGACCCCUCCUCGGAAAGAAAACAAUGCAAGGGUCUCUCGACAGCCAUCCACAACGUUGGCAGGUCUUGCGGGUUCUGAACACGAAGACACCACGUUUCCGGCCGGUAAGGUCAAAGGUCCGCCUCCUGUUCAGCCGCAAAGUGCUACCGGACCAGCACGACAAACACAGCCAAGUAUCAGUGUCGAGCAGGCCGCAAAGCCGACCUUUGACAUCAGCGUUGGAGACCCACACAAGGUUGGCGACCUGACUAGUAGUCAUAUCGUGUAUCAAGUCCGCACAAAGACCUCGUCAAAAGCGUAUAAACAGCCAGAGUUUGCGGUCUCCCGGCGAUAUCGAGAUUUUUUAUGGCUCUACACGUCCCUGCACAACAACAACCCCGGAGUCGUGGUCCCUCCGCCUCCGGAAAAGCAAGCCGUCGGCCGCUUUGACAGCGAGUUCGUCGAGACUCGCCGUCACGCGUUGGAGCGAAUGCUCAAUAGGAUUGCUGCACACCCCAUUUUACAUCAUGAUCCUGAUCUCAAGAUCUUCCUGGAAAGCGAGUCGUUCAACAUUGAUGUCAAAAACAAAGAGAAUAGGGAGCCAGAUUUGGGCCAGAACAAGGGCAUGUUCAGUUCACUAGGAAUCAACGUUGGCGGCUCCAGUGGCAAAUUCGUCGAGCACGAUGAUUGGUUCCACGAUCGCAAGAUCUAUCUCGACGCCCUGGAAAAUCAGCUCAGGUCGUUGUUGAAGGCCAUUGAUGCCGUCGUCGUCCAGCGGAAGGGCCUGGCAGAGGCGGCCGGCGAGUUUGCUGCGUCGCUGGGCAACCUGGCCCAGGUUGAACUGUCGCCCGUUUUUUCUGGACCUUUGCAAGGCCUUUCGGAUGUGCAAAUUCGAAUCCGCGAACUUUACGAAAGACAAGCCCAACAAGACGUUCUGACGUUGGGCAUUACGAUUGACGAAUAUAUUCGACUCAUUGGCAGUGUAAAGCAAGCGUUUUCGCAACGACAAAAGGCCUUCCAUUCCUGGCACGCUGCCGAGAGUGAAUUGUCCAAACGGAAAGCCGCUCAUGAGAAGCUUUUGCGGCAGGGAAAGACUCUACAAGACAAGCUGAACGAGGUCAGCGCUGGCGUCAGUGAUGCAGAAAAGCGCGCACACCAAGCGAGAUUACUGUUUGAGGACAUGGGCCGACUAAUGAGGGGAGAACUGGAAAGGUUUGAAAGGGAGAAAGUCGAAGACUUCAAGAGCGGCGUUGAGACAUUCCUGGAAGGUGCUGUCGAGGCACAGAAAGAGUUGAUCGAGCUGUGGGAGACGUUCCUCCUACAGAUGGACGCCGAGGAUGACGUGCCCAUCAAAGCACAACCGCUAUCGAGGGAAUCUGCCACCACAGACACCGCUCAAAACGCGACUCAGCCCGGUCAAGGUAUCGACGCUCCUUCUGCCACAGCAACAGAUGUGGCGUUGGAGCAAGACGCUUGA